AUGACUUCUGGCGUGCACUCCGUCUCCGGCGGACACAGACAUCCACUUCGAAGAGAUUCAAUCUCUACGAACGCAAACUACGGAUCAAAUCUUCAAGUGCUCGAUACCACUCUUGACGGGUUGCCGGGGCUUAAGGAUCAGCCUUCCGUUGUCGUCGCAACUCAUGGCAAAGUCGGCCAACACUUGUCGUGUGCGCGAUAUUAUGCACGGCUCAUCGACAAGACUGAGGCCGACCUACAGGUCCUCAAAAUCAGAGGAGUUUGCGGGCGUUUAGUGGCAUUUGACGGCAAUUAUCAAACACUCGACGCCUUUAUUAAAGACCAAAAGGGCUUCGAAGUGAUGGCCGGUAUCGGCGUUCAGAUCAUACAACUGGUGGACGACUUGCAGGACUCGGACGCCGACUGGUACUACUUGGCCACCGAUCUGACGGCCGACUCGUUUGCGGUGAACAGUGAGGGCGAAGUGUUUCUGUCUGAUCUGAACCGCGUGUUAGUCAUCGAUAAGUCUGUGUUUACCGGCGCUGAUAAGCGCACCGCCCGCUCCCGACAGUCCCUACUGGACAGCCGGGUGUGUAAUGAGCCCUGUUUUCAGACGUUUCACAAUCGCUUCAAACAGGCCUUCAACACGACCUCCAGUUUGCCAUCACUGGAGUGCCAGCGCGUCGACGUCUACUACGGGCAGCGCAUGUAUGCCAUGAUUUGUCGCAAUAUAUUCUCGGCGGUCGAGUCGAGUGCCGGCGCCGCCGAUGAUGUUAAUGGCAGUCAGACCACUGCCCGUCCCAUUGUUAUUUAA